UUAAUUUAUAAAUUAUGAAUGAUUUAAGUGAAGACAAUACCAAUGGCACUGAUAAUGUCCAGUCAGACCAUGAGUUGUCCAAUGGUGUGACUAUCGGUAAUGACUAUUCACUGUUGGAUGUGUUGAACGAGGACUCAACUGAUAGCCAAUUGUCCGAUACUAUCGGUGAUACCGUGUUUUCUCGGCACUGGCUCUUCAAAUGUCUCGUCAAUACUGUUAAGUUGAUUAACAAAGAGGGCAACAAUCAGACCAAUGAUGACGAAAACAUAUCUCAAGAACCGAUAGAAUUGGACGAUAAGUCAGAAGAAGAGUUGUCAAUAUUGUGGGAUAUGUCGGCCAAUGAGGACGUGAUGUCAUUUCUUAAUGAUAUUAAAGCCAUUGAUUUGUUUGAGACUAUUAUUGUGCGGACAAAUUCGCCGAGAUUUGCGGAAAUAACUGCCGGAAUAUUAGCUAACAUUGCCAUCAAUCGAGAUAUUUGUCUCAAUUUAGCCAAUCGACCAAAUUUUCGACAACUUAUCAUUGAUACCAUUAGUUCAUCUGAUAUACCAUUUGUUAUACAAAUUGUACGAAUUAUAAGUACAUGCCUUAGCAAUGAAGAAGUAAAGUCAUUAUGGCUGCAAACUAUUAAAGACAAUAGCCAUCAAUUUCUGCAUAACAUUCAAUACACAUUUGAAAAUUGUCUUAACUGUGAUCUAUUGAAAAGUAUUGUACUGUUAAUAAACAAAAUUGUAUAUUUAGACGACCAGUUUGUCAAUAUUUGGAUUACAUAUGAUACCCGUUACGAGACAGUCAAGUGCUUACUAAAUGCUGGCCAACAAUUAGUAGAUGAAGAUUCAGAAAAUAUUGAAUUUAUUGAUUAUAUUUGGCUUAUAAUUCAUUCAUUAAGUCUAUUAAGAGAUGAUUUUACUGAAUGUCAUCUCAUAUGCAACAGAAAUGAAUUGUUGUCUUUGUUUUGUCAAUAUAUAAUUGACUCAUUCGGUGAUUCAGUGGACUAUGUGAUAGCCAGCGCACAUCGGGCCGGAUCUCUGUCUGCCGCCAUCUCAUUGAUUAAUCAAAUGCUGUGCCUUUCGACAUAUUCAUCAGUGGAGCAACUGUUUGAUCCACAAAUGUUGGACUGUUUGAGACAAAUUCAUCUAAACUGUGACGAGUAUAUCAAACAAUUGGCUACUGAAGCAUCACAUGAUGUCAACUAUCAAUUAGCUUUGGAUGCGUUGAAAGCCAUUCAAAAGAGUGUUCAAAAUUUGGCACAAAAACGCCGAAAUAGUUGUUUAGAAAAAUCUAUAUAA